GUCGACUUCCCGGCCGUGGUUGACAUUGUAUAUCAGUGCUACACUAACGAUCUCAUACUCGACAUUAGCUAUAGCGUCCACGAUGCAAAUAGUCUGAUAGCCACGAGGCGAUCGAUCGGACAACAACACCUCCCGCCACAUUCGCUUAACUACGACCUUCACGCCCUCGAUUCGUCCAAGUACUACUUGCCCGUCCCAGGGUCUGUGGUACCACAAAACCUGUCGAACACGAUGGAAUCGAUGUCCAACCCUGGAAUCAAUCGAUGUCCGGCGGAGGUGCUCAUUGCGUUCAUCGAGGCUUCAGAACACGACGACCGCCGCACCCUGCGCGGUGUGAACAAGGUCUGGAGGACGUUAGCGACGCCGCUUGCCUUCGAUUCCCUCAUGCUGGAACAUACAAAGGAGGGCGUCGCGAGAAUGAUUAAGUUGUUUCGCGCUCGGCUGGCGAAGUGGGCGAAAAGGCUGGAAUACCGUGCUGGGGACCAGGCCCCUCUAGCGUUUGGGGACACUGCACUGAUCCCACCUAACCAACAGGACCCAGUGACUAAAGCAGUCACCGCGAUCCUGUCGGACCUCACGCGGCUCUUCCCCUUGCUCGAGUCGUUUCACGUUCGCCUCUUUGCGGGCAGGCACUUUGAAGCGCUGCACGUCCCGAUGACGCGCGAGGAGAUCAUUGCGGGUGUCUCCAAAUACAUCAUGCAGCAAUUCAAUGUCUUCGACGCAUUAACCGAAGCGGGCAACUCGCCCCCUUUGCGCCUCAAGACGCUGUCUCUUCGCAACCUUCUUCCAUGCCCUGAGCCAGCAAUGAUGGAGGAAGGCUUCAAGACGCUGAUGGAGUCCGUGGAGAACCUGACGCUCACGGUGCACCGCGCGCGUACCUUGGACAGCCAAGAGUACUGGGAGGCGUUCUGGCAGGAGUACCUACCGGACUACAUACUUGCCCCCGCGCAAAGCAGCCUCACAUCCUUGUCCAUGACGAGCGACCAGCCUGUCGGCACAGAAUGGCCGGGAGUUAACUUCCCCAGCCUCCACUUCCCCUCCUUGUGCAGUCUGAAGCUCGGCGGGUUCUGCUUCGACAUCGACAGUAACCUCGAGGACUUCAUCCUCAGACACCAAACGACUCUUACGUCGCUCGUGCUCGAUUCCUGCCCCAUGCACACGGGCGCCACCUUCCGGAACAAAAUCCCGCAGCGCAAGUGGUCCCAGGUGUUUGAUCGCCUCGAGGUGGGGCUCACGGAGCUCACCUACGUCCGCGUGAUGUGCAAGUACCUGUGGGGUCUGGAUGUGGAAGCCUCGCCGCGCACGGAGAUGGCACUCACCUACGAGACAUCCACGUCAGGCUACGGGUACAACCGGGGCGAGCCGGUGAACUCGGCUGUUGAACGGGAGGACCGGCGGGCUCUGGAGAAGUUCUAUGUCACCGUCGACGAGAGGAGACGAGAGGAAGGACUUGGCCCAUUGGAGAGCUUGGCUGCGGCUCGGGCGCGUCCACAGGAUAGGCUCCCGCGCGCUGAAGAGUUUCCUGAACUCAUCGACAUGGUGAUGGCAGGGCUGUUAACGACUCACUUCGGUUGAGGGAGCUGGCGAUUAUCGGUUAAGUGACGUUGUACAAUACUACCUAGACAGUCUAUUGCUAACACUGUAUAACACAUGUCUUCCAAAUUCAUUUGAACAACAUUGACUAUGCCUUCGCAGGGACUAUUG